CCCCCCCCCAAAAAAAAUCAAGGUCAGAACAAAAAGCAUGGAGGCUGACGGUAUAGACGCAGAAAUUACGACAAAGCCAGAUAAAUCUGUGCAGAGGACUUUGGCAAUAAUUAAACCUGAAGCUCUACCAUAUGCUGAUGAAAUUGAAGAAAAAAUUAAGGAAGAAGACUACAAAAUCAUUCAGAAGAGAACAGCGACUCUGACCAGAGGCCAAGCGGCCGAGUUUUAUAGUAAGCAGUACGGCAGUCCUGAAUUUCCAGGGCUUGUGGCAGAUAUAUCUAGUGGCCCAAUCAUCGUCAUGUGCCUCUCCAAGAAAAAUGCAAUUGAAGACUGGAUUAACCUGAUUUGUCCACCUAAUGUACCUGAAGCCCGUCCCUUAUUUCCGGCUUCUCUCGAAGCUAAGUACGGGGAGCCCAAAGAAGAUACAUUUAAUGGGCUUCAUGGAAGUAAGGAUGAAGAAAUAGCUGAGAAAGAAAUACGUUUCUUUUUCCCGGAAAUGAUUAUGGAACCCCUGUUGACUGGAGAAUCAUUGACAGAUUACUUAGCGGAGAGUGUGAAUCCUACUCUACUGGAAGGAUUGGUCCAGCUAUGUAAAGUGAAGCCUGUUGACCCUGUAGUGUGGCUUGCUGAUUGGCUACUGAUAAACAAUCCCAACAAACCUCAAGCAGACGAGAUAACUGCGACAACUCCAACAUAAUAUAAAUUUCUUUUUUUAGUAGUCUCAUAUAUAUUUAUAUUGUAGUGUAGCACAUUGAAUUUAGAUUACAUAUUUUAUGUACGAAAAAGCAAAUUCCUGCAAAAGAUUAUAAAAUAAAAUUCAACACAAGUAUGAAACACGUUUCAUAUUCUGAUAUGGAAGAAGUAAAUGGGAUUAUAGGAAAAGGGGCAUUUUUUGGGACAAGGGCUAACAGAAGAACAUAUUCGAUGUUUCAUGUAUACUAAGAAAUCCAAUCACCUCUAGGUUAAAUAAUUUCAAAUGCUGCAAUUUUUUAUAAAUUGGAGCAAAGCGCUCCUUUCGUCUAUCAAGGUCAUUCGGCAAAAAAGUGUAACGAAGACAGGUCACAAAAAUGUGUAAGAUCAAUA